CAUCUCUAUACACGGGCCAAUUCAUUUGUGUUUCCUUAUUUUCAGCACCAAAACCAAAGCACUCCACACUCUCCUUUAACAUCUCCCAUUUCUCUCUCACAAUCUUCACUUUCUUCUUCUUCUUCAAAUUUUCUUCUCUCUCAAUCUGCCUUUCUUCUUCAACAUAUAUAGACACAAUAACAAUGGUGAAAAUGGAAGAGAAGAAAAUAGUGCUGACGAAGCCAAUGACAAUAGAAAAGGAAUCAGAUUCAGACGCGUCUUAUAAAGCUCCUAAUCUUAUGCAACGCAUUCUCAGUUUAUUCAAAAAUGUACGCCCAGGAUCUGACCUCACACGCUUUCAGCUGCCACCACUUUUCAACUUGCCAAAAUCACAACUACAGUGUUAUGGUGAAUCAGUGUACUGCACAGGCUCAGACUUGUUAAGCAUGUGCAACAGAGGGCAGAGUCCUUUGGAUAGGUUCAUAUCUGUGGUAGCAUGGAGCAUAUCUACCACUCGCCCUGUGAUUUUUGGGGUUGCUCCUUAUAAUCCUAUUCUUGGUGAGACACACCAUGUUUCAAAGGGAAAUCUUAAUGUCUUAUUGGAACAGAUUUCACAUCACCCUCCAGUAUCUGCUCUCCAUGCAACAGAUGAGAAGGAAAACAUUGAAAUGAUAUGGUGCCAGAGACCUGAUCCAAAGUUUAAUGGCACAUCAGUGGAAGCUAAAGUGUAUGGUAAACGGCAACUGAAGCUACUAAAUCAUGGUGAAACAUAUGAAAUGAAUUGUCCUCAUCUUGUACUUAGAAUUCUUCCCGUAACUGGGGCUGAUUGGGCUGGCACAGUAAGUGUACGGUGUGUAGAGACAGGCCUAGUAGCUGAGUUAUCAUACAGAUCAAGUCAUUCUUUUCUAGGAAUCGGGGGCAAUCAUAGAGUGGUCAAAGGGAAGAUCUGUGAUUCUUCAUCGUUGAAACUUCUAUUUGAAGUUGAUGGUCAUUGGGAUAGUACCGUAAACUUGAAGGAUACAAGUGAUGGGAAAGUAAGAGUUAUAUAUGAUGCAAAGGAAGUUUUUUCAGGGAUCGGAGCUCCUAUACUCAAGGAUUUGGAGAGUGUGUGGCCAACAGAAUCAGCCAAUGUUUGGGGUGAAUUGAGCCAAGCCAUUAUGAGUCAAGACUGGGAGAAAGCCAGAGAUGCAAAGCAGAAAGUUGAGGAAAAACAAAGGGAGCUCGUGAAUGAAAGAGAAUCAAAAGGAGAAACUUGGAUUUCUAAGCAUUUUGUAGUAUCUAACAACAAAGAAGGGUGGGAAUGUUCACCUAUUCAUAAGAGUGUACCAGCUGCCCCCAUCAUAGUCCAAUAGUUGUUAAUCCUCACUUUUCUCAAUCAAGGAAGUACAUUUUAUUAGAGAAUGUUCAUGAAAAAAAAAAUUAAUUGGUGUAAAUUUUGAUAGGAAUUAAAUAUAAAUAACAAUUUAUAAUUGAUUACAAUUUCAAUC